AAUGCAGUAAGUGUCCAACUUUGUACUGCAUUCUAAUUCUGCCUGUAGUUGGGAGAAAAUGGAGUCUCUUCUCAGGAUAUUUACCCGGGCCUAUCGUUGAGAAAGUUCGAUACAUUAUCGUAUGGAUUGUGCAACAAAGGAUUGGAUAUACAGUUUUCCCGAAAAGCGUAUUUGGUUGGAUUCUUUCUCGGAUUAAAGCCGAAUGAUACUUCUAUCACAUGGUGCAGAUGGGAGCCAGAACAGUUUGGGGCAAGGGUACCCUUGUCACCCCUUACAUGACUUGGAAUAAGGAGGAGUGUGAACCCUAAAACACAAACAUCAUGGCACACCAGUGGGAUUUCUAUCAGUAGGAGCCAGCCACACAGAGACAAACAAAAACAGUAAUACAGAGCGAGAAAGAGAAAUCUCAAUCGCACAUAUUUUUGCACAGCUUAGGAGUGUGUGUGUGUGUGUGUGUGUGUGUGUGUGUGUCACUUUUUGGGUGAGAAUUUGAGUGUGUGUUCCUUAGACUUAAACGGGAGUGUCAUGAGGCCCAAGACGUUCCCCGCUGCUCCGUACAUGGGCAACACGCGCCAGCGCCUCCAGGAGAUCAAGGAGGGGCUAAAGCAGCCGGCCAAGCUGAUGAGCCAGGCCCUCCACGGGGGCAGCUCCCGGGGCGAGGGGGGCCGCGGGGCCGAAAGCAAGAGCAAAGACCCCGGCAGUCGCCAGCAGCAGCACCGGCCCCCUCAGAAGUUCAACAAUUACCAGAAUGCUCUGAGGGAGAUCCGCAAGUCGCUCAGGCCGUUUGAAUACAAGUCUGGACCUACUUCUGGCUCUGCCCACCCCGCUGGAGACGUCAACCGACAGAUGCUGCAGGAGCUGGUCAAUACUGGCUGUGACCAGGAAAUGGCGGUGCGGGCUCUGAAGCAGACAGGCAGCAGAAACAUUGAGGCUGCUCUGGAGUACAUCAGUAAGAUGGGAUACCUGGACCCACGUAAUGAACUCAUCGUCCGGAUUAUCAAGCAGACCUCGCCAGGCAAAGGGGGCAUGCCAAACUCAAUUGACCACAGACCACCAUUGGAGGGAACAAGUGAGGGUGCCAUGCCUCCCUACCACCAGAUGGGGGCAUCGAUGUAUGAGGGUGCUGGCUAUGGGCCAGAGGGGCCCUACAUGGGUGCCCCUCCUGUCAUGAACUACAUGAUCCCCCCCUCGGGCACAGCACAGGGCCCUGCCAUGGUUAACCCCAUGGGACGCCCGCCCAGUAUUGGAGCCUACCCUCCAUCCAUGGCCGCCCAGAACAAUCCAGGGAACCCCAUGUACCCCCCAGGUGCCCCGCAAAAGGCCUACCCAGGCAACAUGGAGCAGGCCAUGAUUGGCUACAGCGUCCCUGGCCAGCCCCUGCAGCCCCAGGCACCAGGAGGCCCCAUCCCCGUACCCCACUACGACUACGGCCACGGCCGGCCUCACAUGAUGGAGCCCUCGGGCUACGGCAUCAAGAGGAGCGCAUCCUUCCAGAACAAGAUGCCACCGCUGGCGCCCGACAACUAUGUCAACAUGCAGGUUAAAGGGGCCAUGGGCCAGAACGGGGGAGGGUACCCCCCUAACCUGUACCUACCGCCCCACUCACACCCCCGGCAGUCCAGCCCCACCUCACACCAGGUCCACAUGAUGUCCCGCUCGCCCGGUGGAGCUGCCGCCGCCAUGGGGCCAGAUUUCUCUGACCUCCCCCAGGGCCUGCUCACACCCUCCAGAGCCAGUCUCAACCUGGACCUGUAUGAGCAACACCACUGGGCCGGGCCUGAGGGGGCCCCUCCAGCCAGGCAACCCCAGCCUCAGGGGCCCUUCCGGGGAGAGGUGCGAGUCCCCAGCAGGACCAACUCUUUUAACAACCGCUCAGUGCCACCCAACAACGUCCGGCCCACUUUGGUACCUCCAGCUCCCGGCAAGCAGGACCCGUCCCUGGGUCCACCCAACACCAUCACGGCGGUGACGUCGCCCCCCAUCCAGCAGCCGGUGAAGAGCAUCCGGGUGAUGAGGCCCGAGCCGAAGACCGCUGUGGGGCCGUGUCACCCUGGCUGGUUGGCUGCUCAGGAAGCAUCUGAGCCCCUCGCCUACAUGCCUGAAGAGGCCUACGCUCUGGAGCCUGCCCAGGAGCCCCGCUGUCCACCACCUCCCUACCCCAAAACCCUGCUCAUAUCUGGGGCUUCUUUAGAGGCAGGGCCCCUGGAGGCCUCAGACCUCAACACCCCUGCUAGGCCACACGGUAGCAGUGGAGGAGGAGGGGGAAAGGCAGAAGAGAGCCAGGUGAAAGAGAAGACCAAGUCUGGAAAAGGAGAGAAGGCAGUGAAGGACAAGAAGCAGAUCCAGACAUCGCCGGUGCCAGUGAGGAAGAACGGGCGUGAUCAGGAGAAGAGGGAAUCGCGCAUUAAAAGCUACUCACCCUUCGCCUUCAAGUUCUACAUGGAGCAGCAUGUGGAGAAUGUGAUGAAGACCCACCAGGAAAAACUGAACCGCAGGCUCCAGCUGGAGCAGGAGAUGUCCAAGGCUGGCCUAUCAGAGGCCGAGCAGGAGCAGAUGAGGAAGAUGCUGAACCAGAAGGAGUCCAACUACAACCGUCUGCGCCGUGCCAAGAUGGACAAGGCCAUGUUUGUCAAGAUCAAGACACUGGGCAUCGGGGCCUUCGGCGAGGUGUGCCUGACACGCAAGGUGGACACGGGAGCCCUGUACGCCAUGAAGACGCUGCGCAAGAAGGACGUGCUCAACCGCAACCAGGUGGCCCAUGUCAAGGCUGAGCGUGACAUCCUGGCGGAGGCAGACAACGAGUGGGUGGUGCGUCUGUACUACUCGUUCCAGGACCGGGACAGCCUCUACUUCGUCAUGGACUACAUCCCCGGAGGAGACAUGAUGAGCCUGCUGAUCCGCAUGGGCGUCUUCCCCGAGCCGCUGGCAUGCUUCUACGUGGCUGAGCUGACGCUGGCCAUCGAGAGUGUCCACAAGAUGGGCUUCAUCCACCGCGACAUCAAGCCGGACAACAUCCUCAUCGACCUGGACGGACACAUCAAGUUGACCGACUUUGGCCUCUGCACUGGCUUCCGCUGGACGCACAACUCCAAGUACUAUCAGAAAGGGAGCCACAUCAGGCAGGACAGCAUGGAGCCCAGUGACUUUUGGGAUGACGUGUCCAACUGUCGUUGUGGCGACCGGCUGCAGACCCUGGAGCAGCGGGCAACACGGCAACACCAGCGCUGCCUGGCACACUCCCUGGUGGGCACUCCCAACUACAUCGCCCCUGAGGUGCUACUGCGCAAAGGGUACACCCAGCUGUGUGACUGGUGGAGUGUGGGAGUGAUCCUCUUUGAGAUGCUGGUGGGACAUCCACCCUUCCUGGCCCCGACACCCACCGAGACACAGAUAAAGGUGAUAAACUGGGAGAGCACACUGCAGGUGCCCCCGCAGGUUCAGCUCAGCCCAGAGGCUGUCGACAUCAUCGGCCGUCUGUGCUGCUCCCCUGAGGAGCGUCUUGGGAGCAAUGGCGCCGGCGAGAUCAAGACUCACCCCUUCUUCGACCAGAUGGACUUCUCCAGCAACCUGCGCACCCAGCCCACCCCUUAUCGGCCCAAGAUAGCCCACCCCAUGGACACAUCCAACUUCGACCCGGUGGAGGAGGAGGGGGGUCCCGGGGCGUGGAGUGACAGCGGGGACAGCACACGGGCCUGGGAGACCCUCUGCACACCACACGGGAAACACCCGGAGCACGCUUUCUACGAGUUCACCUUUCGCAGGUUUUUUGACGACAACGGCUGCCCCUUCCGCUACCCCAAGCCCCCUGAGAUCAGCCACAGCCAGGGGCCUCCCAGCAGUAGCAGAGCCAGCAGCAUGGGCCCUGAGGAGGAAGAGGAAGAGGAGGAGGAAGAGCAGGGGGAGCCUGUGUAUGUGUAGAAGAGCCCAGACUGUUGGCUUUCUGAACUAUGACCCCCUCCCCUCUUCUCUCUCUCUCCAACAAUCAACACUUAGCACCUGGGGCCCUGGCUGCCAACAUUCUAUCUACCGCUGUUCUUCUCAGAGGGUGUGUGUGCAUGUGCGUGCGUGCGUCUAUAUUUGUGUGUGUUUGAGAGACUGAACAGGACGACCUGACAUCUGUUUAACAAUUCAGACACUACUGUGUGGAAUCUCCAGUGUGAGCAAAGACUACAAUAAGAAUCCCUGAUCUGGGACCAAGAACAACUAACUGUACAAGGGCUAUGGAUUGGAUAAUGAAGCCAGAGGACUCUUCUGAAAGCAAAUUAAUCAGAACAGGAACAGGUAGGUCUUCUAUGGAAAUGAAAGUAUCCGCUGCGCUGUGGAAGUUUACAAAAGUGUUCAGAUAAGAGUUUGACACUAGGACCGUUACUAUGGGUGGUCCUAGUGCUCUAUCCCAUUCCUUUGCCUUGGGUCUUAGAGAUCUCUUCUUCCAGGUUAGCCUUACCCCAGGAAGUUAACACAAACACUUCCUGGACGUCAGGUUGGUCUGGACUGAGUUAGCUGGUGGUAGAGGGGAAGAAUGCAACACUUCUCACACAGCUGUGACAAAAUAAGUUACCAAAAUACAAAUUCACAUGCGCACAUGAACACUUUAAAGGAUGGUUGAACUACACAAUUUAGCAGGAAGCAAUGGGGUUGUCCUCUGCAGCUAACCCACCUAAAGCCUUGAGCAUACCGAUUGUGUAAAACUGUAUGCGUUCCGACAGAAGUCCAUUAAUUUCAGUGGAAGGCAAUUCUCACCUCUGGGACUCAUCUUACAGACUCGGUUGCAAUGCUUGUCGCUGCGUGUAGUGUGUUGCAUGCAUGUGUUGGAUUUUUCCAACUUGUGCUGUUGCUUUGCCAUGCGGUAUCAGGAACGGAAGUAGAUAAUCAACCGAAGAAGUUGCUAAUGUGUAGAAUGAUUAUUUUUGUUAUGAUGCGGUGCAUGGAUUGCGAAGACUACGUAGAAUUUACCGUACGGCAAUGUAAUAAUGCAACCUGUGUGCACACGGCGUAAGUCGCGGCAUUUUUCAAAGUUAGAGUCUGACAUGUAGGUCUAGGCAUUCCCCAGCUGUGACUCCUACCUUUAGCUUCACACUAACUUUUUUUCCAAAUAGGAGAUGUGGGAUAAAGCCCACUUGUGUUGUUCCCACUCACCCCUAAAUGUCUUCAGGAUUCUGUUUUGAGUAUCAGACCUAGGGGAAUGGUUGUGACGGGUAAGUACUCGUGCCAGCAACAACAAAUUCCUUUUGUUUUGUUGAGUUCAUUUUGCAGAGUUCUGAGGAAGGUGGACUGCAAGUGUGUAAUCAUUGCUUUGUUACAGAUAUGGAUCUCAUGAUUACAUACAUAUUUGCUAAGCAGUCACGGCUAUCCAUAUCUCCACACAACACAUACAUUACACCUGCUCUAAGACUGUCAUGAACAGUGACAUUACUGGCGCCAAGAGCAGUGCAUUUUAGCUUCCUUGACAAAAGCCCUACCUGCUAAUCCACCACUUACAAACACACGCUCAGUAUUAUACAGUUAACACAUUGGAGUGUCCACACAGUCUCCUUGGUCCAUAUGGAGACAGAAGUGAAAACUCAAUGUCAGAAACAUAUGUAAUAGUAUGACUAUGUGCAAUACAGAAAAUACAAUAUAUAGUUUUCUAAACACUUACAAUUACCAUUUUGACCUUGUAAUACUGAAACACGCUAUGUACAAAUAUACAUUAUAUUGGUUUAUAUAUUUUCCUUAUAGUUACAUGACCCAAUGCUGCUUAUUAUUGUGAUUUAAUAUUAUUAUUUACAUUAUUUCAUUUAUACGUACUUCUUUCCUUUUAUGCAAGUGUGGGUUUGAUUGCCAGUGUGUUUGGUUUGGAAAGUGACGAACUGUGUGCCUUCUAGAGGAAUGUUGGUACAUAUCUAUCCACCGCAAGAUGAUGAUGAUGAGGAUGAUGAUGAUCAGUGUUUGUGCAGAAUAACGACAGCAGCUUUCCUACUCUGCAACCAGGCUGGCCCUGUGUGUAGGAGAGUAGGGUGGAAGAGACAGACAUAGUGAUAGAGAAAGAAAGAUGCGUUUCAGAGACAAAACAAAAGCAAGGCAGGAUUGGCUAUAAAAUGAAAAAUAUAUGAAUGAAUAGCUUUCUCUAUGUUACAAGAACAGGUGGCAAAUGACCAAAACGUACACUAUCAGUCAAAAGUUUGGACACACCUACUCUUUCAAGGGUUUUUCUUUAUUUGACUAUUUUCUAUAUUGUAGAAUAAUAGUGAAGAUAUCAAAACUAUUAAAUAACUACUUUGAAGCGCCAUCUAGUAACCAAAAAAGUGUGAAAAAAAUCUAAAUAUAUUUCAGAUUUUCAAAGUAGCCACCUUUUGCCUUGAUGACAGCUUUGCACAUGCUUGGCAUUCUCUCAACCAGCUUCACCUGGAAUGCUUUUCCAACAGUCAUGAAGGAGUGCCCUCAUAUGCUGAGCACUUGUUGGCUGCUUAUCCUUCACUCUGCGGUCCAACUCAUCUCAAACCAUCUCAAUUGGGUUGAGGUCGGGGGAUUGUGGAGGCCAGGUCAUGUGAUGCAGCACUCCAUCACUCUCCUUAUUGGUCAAAUAGCCCUUACACAGCCUGGAGGUGUGUCCCACUAAGCGCAAACCAGAUGGGAUGGCGUAUCGCUGCAGAAUGCUUAAGUGAAUUCUAAACACAUCACUGACAGUGUCAACAGCAAGCACCAUCACACCUCCUCCUCCAUGCUUCAGGGUGGGAACCACAUAUUCGGAGAUCAUUCGUUCACCUACUCUGCAUCUCACAAAGACAUUGCGGUUCGAACCAAAAAUCAGACCAAAGGACAGAUUUCCACCGGUCUAAUGUCCAUUGCUCGUGUUUCUUUGCCUAAGCAAGUCUCCUGUGUGGCUCAGUCGGUAGAGCAUGGCGCUUGCAACGCCAAGCGUCGUGGGUUCGAUUCCCGCUGGGGCCACCCAUAUGUAAAAGUAGUGGCCCCAGCCGACUUGUAAGUCGCUUUGGACAAAAGCGUCUGCUAAAUGGGAUAUUAUUAUUAUUAUUAUUAUUUGUGUCCUUUAGUGGUGGUUUCUUUGCAGUAAUUCAACCAUGCCUAGUUAAAUAAAGGUUAAAUAAAAUUAAAUAAAUGAAGGCCUGAUUCACGAAGUCUCCGCUGAACAGUUGAUGUGUCUGUUACUUGAACUCUGUGAAGAAUUUAUUUGAGCUGCAAUUCCUGAGGAUGUUAACUUAAAUUAACUAAUCCUCUGCAGCAGAGAACUGGGUCUUCCUUUCCUGUGGCAGUCCUCUUGAGAGCCAGUUUCAUCAUAGCGCUUGAUGGUUUUUGCAACUGCACUUGAAGAAACUUUCAAAGUUCUUGAAAUGUUCCGUAUUGACUGACCUUCGUGUCUUAAAGUAAUAAUGAACUGUCAUUUCACUUUGCUUGUUUGAGCUGUUCUUGUCGUAAUAUGGACUUGGUCUUUCACCAAAUAGUGCUAUCUUCUGUAUACCACCCCUAUCUUGUCACAACCUAAAUGAUUUGCUCAAAUGCAUUAAGAAGGAAAGAAAUUCCACAAAUGAACUUUUAACAAGGCACACCUGUUAAUUGAAAUGCAUUCCAGGUGACUACCUCAUGAAGCUGGUUGAGAGAAUGCCAAGAGUGUGCAAAGCUGUCAUCAAGGCAAGGGUGGCUACUUUGAAGAAUCUCAAAUAUAAAAUAUAUUUACAUUUGUUUAACACUUUUUUUUGAUUACUACAUGAUUCCAUAUGUGUCAUUUCCUAGUUUUGAUGUCUGCACUAUCAUUAUAAAUGUAGAAAAUAGUACAAAUAAAGAAAAACCCUUGAUUGAAAGGUGUGUCCAAACUUUUGACUGGUACUGUAUGUAUUAUUGGUACAUUUUAAUGCCUCCUAAUGACCACGUGUUCAUUUGACCAUUUGGUAUUAUGCUUGUGUUACUUAAUUGUGUUGUGUUAUGCAGUGGAGCACUGCUCAAUGCAGGAAAUGCUUUAUUUUCUCCAAUAUCUCUAAACUAUAUGCUUUUUGACAAUCAGCUAUUGAUGCAGUCUUGUGUGUCCAACUGAAUAACUACAACAGUAUUCCAUAUUUGAUUGUUGUACUGACUAGGAAGGAUUAGGAAGUUGCAAGUUCUGCCUUAUGUCAAUUCCUAUACAUGGAGUGCACUCAUAUCUCAAAGAUACAUUUUGUCACAAAUUUUAAGUGAGGGGAAUAUUUUAAACAAUUACAAUUGUUGUUUAAAUGUAUCAAUAGUUUUUUUGCUCACCUGCAUGACAAAAUUAAUUGAAAUGGACAUUUUUAGAACGUGCCUCAUGUCUUUAGGAUUGGGCUGCAAAUUCACUUCAUUUGAUCAUCGUUGUCAGCGCAAGUAGGAUUGCCAAUCCACGUUCACCGGGAUGGACUACUCAGUGAAAUAGCUUUAUAGAGACUGUGCUCACCAAGUCAGUUUUCUAGUGUUUGUGAGUGUUUGUGUGUGAGGUGUGCCCUGGAUGACGUGUGUUUUCCCUGUAUCUAAGUUUUGAAAGUGAUGACUGACAAUCUUUGACUGAUUUGAGAUCUAAUGUGGUGACUCAUGAUGUAACUUACUUGUACCUUUUUGUAUUUUUACCCUUGGGAGUUUCUCAUGUCUUCGAUCCUCCUUAAUGUAUAAUACAAUUCUGUUACUCUUGAAUAUAUAUAUAUAUAUUUAUACAGAUAUACAUACUUACAGAUAUACAUACAAAAAUCUUUAGCUCAGAGGAAAUUCAAAAGAAUAAUGUUCAAACAUCCUUGUCUGCAGUAUUAUAGACAGUAUAAUUUGGACAACAUAUAUAUCUCCUUUUUUACAUAUGUAUGAAUUGAGAAUUUGUAAAAAUGCUUUCACUGUCCUCACGUGUAAAAUAUAUGUAUAAAUUAAAUUAACCAGUUUCUA